AUGCCAAAGUUUGGUCACGAAUUUAAGAAGAAAUACUAUUCUCAAUUAUACGAUGAUGUCAUUCCAGUCAACCAUGGUUCAUACGGUACCACACCAACAAAGGUUAUAGACCGUCUGAAGAAAGCUUGUGAAGAGGAGGAAACAUAUCCCGAUGAGUUUUUUAAUCUCACCGCCAAAGAGUACUAUACCAAGAACUUGAAAUGUUUGGCUGAAUACCUUGGCUUGGACGAUAGAAAUUUAGCUUUAGUUCCAAAUGCUACCAUGGCCAUUAACACUGUUCUUCGUUCCAUUCCUUGGGAUUUCAAAAAUGAUACCGUUUUAAUUCAUACAACCACUUAUGGCGCCUGUUCUAACACCGUGAAAUUCUUGCACGAUUAUUAUGGUUUGCAAUUUGAUAUUACAAACACUACGUAUCCCAUCGAAGAUAACAUCCUUUUAGCCAGAUUUGAAGAAAAGCUCUCUUCAGGUACCUAUAAGUUAUGUAUGUUCGAUAUGAUUUCAUCAAUGCCUGGUGUUACUCUACCUUAUGAGAAAUUAAUUCAAUUGUGUCACAAAUACAAUGUAUGGACUUUAGUCGAUGGUGCACACGCAGUAGGGUUAGUUGACCUUAAAUUUAUUGAUGAAUUGAAACCAGAUUUUCUUACUACCAAUUUGCAUAAAUGGUUAAGCGUUCCAAAAUCUUGUGCUCUAUUAUACAUUAAUCCCAAACACCAUAGUUUAGUGCAAACCAACCCAUUUUCUUGGUCAUACGUCCCUAAAGAAUUGGAAGAUUCUGUUGAAAUCGACAACAAUACUUUACUAAUUGAAAAGUUUUGGUACUUAGGGACAGUAUCUUAUGGUCCUAUCAUCUGUAUCGAAGAAGCAAUCUCAUUUCGUAAAAAUAUCUGUGGUGGUGAGCAAGCUAUUAGAGGCUAUCAGAAUGAAUUACAGGAGAAGGCUAUUCCUUUGAUUAUUGCAGCUUUUGGGCCAGGUGCUGAAUUAUUGGAAAAUUCAACCAACACUUAUCAUACUCCUGGAAUGUUCAACAUUUCUUUCCCAAUAGAGGAAGCACAUAGGCCUGUAUUAAAUUAUUUGCUGGAAAGUUUUGUUUCUUUCAGGAAGUUCAAAGCUGCAUGUGAGGCAAGAAUGAUAAAAGAAUAUAGAGCUUUUGCUCCUUUUUUGGUUCACAAUGGUAGAAUUUGGGUAAGAUUUAGUGUAAAUGUCUUCAAUGAAGAAUCUGAUUAUUCUAGAUCUGCUGUUUUAAUUAAAAAGUGUCUGGAUGAAUGUUUGGAAGAAAAGUUGAACACAUUAAAAGUUGAGGAUAUAAAGUUUCUCUCUAUCUGA